CCCCCCGUCAAUGAAAGAAACGUAUAGGAAUAUCAUUGAGGUUGAUAAAAAACGCCUGCUAGUGGACUUGAGCUACGCAAAAACAGUAUGUACCAAACCAGGUUUUUACCUGUUUGAUGAAACGUUUCGUUCUGUUUUGGGCUUAUCUCCUGAAUUGACCUGCCUCGAGACACGGGAUUUCCGAUUCGCUCACGAGGCUGGAGUUUACCACAAGGGGACAAAUUCGAUAUAUUUCACAUCAAAUUACAGCUUUGGUAGCCCCAUCAAACUUUUCGCGGUGCAUUGUGAAUCUUACGAGGUUGAGGAACUUAGUUAUCCUGAGGUGAUCCAAGCAAACGGCGCUUGUCAGCAUAAAGGAAACAUUCUCUAUUGUGCGCAGGGUGACUUGACACAUCCAUCAUCACUGGUGGAGGUCAAUCCUGUCACCGGUGAGACUAAAACACUAAUCAAUAAUUUCUUUGGGAGGGAAUUCUCUUCGAUAAAUGACGUUGUGGUGCAUCAUGGAACUGGUGAUAUAUGGUUUACGGAUCCGACCUACGGAUUCGAGCAAGGAUUCAGAAAGGAAGCCAUGCUCCCAAACCAAGUCUACAGAUUCAAUCCAGAGACCGGUGAACUUUGCGUGGUUGCGGACCAGUUUGAUAUGUGCAACGGACUCUGCUUUAAUCACGAUUAUACAAAAAUGUAUGUUACCGACACUGGUGCCGUGAAGAUGAGCAAAACCUCUGGAUGUUUUGUUCAUAAUCCCAGAAGUCCAAGCGUAAUUUACGAAUAUGACGUUGUUAAUAAAAAACGCCUAUUUAACAAGCGUGUUUUUGCGUUCUGUGAUGAUGGAAUUCCAGACGGCAUAAAGUGCGACGUCCAUGGAAAUGUGUACUCAGGUUGUGGGCAUGGAAUUCAUGUGUGGAAUCCUGAUGGGAUUCUCAUAGGGAAAAUCAUUACUGGAGAGGUCUGUGCUAACUUCUGUUUUUCUGCAAGCGGGAUGUGGAUAUUCUCAGAGUUCCACUUGUUUUUUUGCAGCUUGGGUACCAAAGGGGCCCUAGUAAAUGUGGAGUGCUAUUGAAUGCAGAUAUUUAUUUAUGUCCUCAUUAAGCUUGACAAAGACUACACUGUGCUCACAAUCUGAUUAUCACCUCCACCUGGCAAGUGCUGAUCUGGAAAUUUAGUUCAACACUGUUUGCACCUCUCCUUAGCCCUUUUAGCUAUGCAUGUAAUCGCCAUGCAGAGAUCAAGGGAUCGAUAUCGCUAAGCUCGAUGCAUGUACAAUAAAGACAACAUAAUCAGUCACGGUGGCCACAUUAGAUGUUACGAAAAACUAACUAGCUCUUCUAAUCCAUCUAUAGUCCAAGUUUGUAAUUGCUUAAUUAGAUAAUGACCAUUACUAAACUUAUAAAGUUAGUUAAUGCUGGAACUUUAUUUCACGAUGAGUCUGACAACGUUAUCUUCCAAGAGUUGCUCACUGAUCAGCUUAUUCUCAAUCAGCAGAGAUACAAAACAUGAUAAGAUUAUCGCAUAUUUCCAGACAAU